AUGUCUGGCGCUCCAGUUGUCUGCCCACCGCCCCAAGAAGAGGGUUUGAGCGUUUUACCUUACAGCUCUGAUCCCGAAGCGGCCUUACAGAAAGCGAGAAAGGAUACAGCUGUGGUUCCCUCUAUCCAUUACAUCGACCUAGCGAAUAGUAUUCCCGGGGAAGCCCAGUCGGUAUUGAAUCAGUACCGAAGCGAGGUUCUGAGCUACCGCAGCUGGGCAAGUCUGAGAUGGUGGGCUACUGUUGACAAGAGCCAGAACCUUCCUCAAGAUGACUCGCUGGUAGCCACUGCUAAGCGUGCCGGGUGUGUGGCUCGGGUGGCCAACGCCGACAUUUCACGUACGCCUUGGCUUCAACAGUUUGGCAACUCAACCGUACAGAAGCAUAUUUCAUCCCCGGUCAGCGAUCUCCAUCCUACUUUGAUCGGAGCAGUGCUGGAAGGAUUUGCUGCCCCGCACGACGAGGUCCUUGAAACUCUGGAGAGGGUGGUGGAACAAGUCGUGAAAGCAAUUGAAGUGAAAGCCCACAUUCCGGAUAGUCUGUCGCAGCUUAUUAUACUCCAGCGGUACGAAUGGAUACCGGAAAUUAGAGACGUGAAAUCUUACACCCGCACUAUUCUCUUUGAUAUCACAGAUGACACGGUUAUUACCAAUAUCGAAAAGAGAUCACAAGAACAUAUUGAGUUCGAUAUUUCAUACAACGAGCAUGAGUCACUUUUCAAUAAGCGAGGCUGGGAGCAGGUCAGUCGGCAAUUGGACUCAGGCAAGAGGGAGUUCCGCGACUAUGUCCAGGAAAACACUGUUUAUGCCUCAUAG